UCGUUAGAUGUGCUGUGUUGGGCUGUUAGUUGCACAUUAGUAAACGAAACUGUUUCAUAUACAAUUUGUGUUUAAGUGAUUUUAGGUUGCGACUAUUUCUGUUUUAAAAAUAAACCCAGAAAGAUGGCUGACGAUCGUGAUACAAUUGUUAAACGUGCUAAAUUGGCCGAACAAGCAGAAAGAUACGAUGACAUGUCUAAUUUCAUGAAGACUUGUGUAAAAGAUCACAGCCACAAAAAAUUAUCUGUUGAGGAAAGAAAUUUGCUUUCUGUUGCAUACAAAAAUGUUGUCGGAGCAAGAAGAUCUUCUUGGAGGGUGAUUUCUUCAAUUGAGCAAAAAGGGGACACAGAUAGGAAGAAAGAAAUGGCUGGUACAUACAAAAAAAAGAUUGAUGCAGAACUGAAGGAGAUUUGCCAAGAUGUGUUAGAAUUGCUAGAUGAAUUUCUGAUCACCAAAGAUCCAGUUGAGGAUCCAAGUGUUGAUAAAGAUUCAAAAGAGUAUAAAGAAGGAAAGGAAAGUGAAGUUUUCUACUUGAAAAUGAAAGGCGAUUACUACAGAUACAUUGCUGAAGUAUCGGAAGAAAAGGAUAGAGCAGAUGUGGUUAAACUGUCAAGUGACGCAUACCAAGCUGCCUAUGACUUGAGCAAGUUGAGUAUGCUGCCAACCAACCCGAUCCGUCUUGGGUUGGCACUCAACUUCUCCGUAUUUUUUUAUGAGAUCCAAAGCAACCAAGAAAAAGCUUGCAAACUGGCAAAGGAGGUACUUUGAUUUUUAAAGAUAAUGUUAUUGGAAUUGGACAACUUGAAUGAGGAGAGUUAUAAGGACAGCACUCUUAUUAUGCAGCUCCUUCGAGACAAUCUAACAUUGUGGACUGCAGAUCAAGCUGAUAAUGACCCGCAGUGUGAGGAUUAGGUAUGCUAGGUACCAUUCUACAACAAUGUGGGAAGAUUCUUCUCAUUCAAAUCAACCAACUACUUUCAUCUUCGCUUUAUUCUAUCAUAAGUACAUUUAGCAGUUGGAAUGUGUAAGAUUUCUUAACAUUAGGAGCACAACAUGCCCAACUACCACUUGACUGUUCUUUUUUUAAGAGGCUAACAAUGUUUGCUGCAGUGACAUUUCUUAUUUCAACCGCUGUUACACCUUCAACUUCCAUAAGCACCAUCCAAUUUUCUGAUGUCAAUCUUAAAUUGCGACCUUUUCUUUAGCUACAACUAUACUCUUACUCUCUGUUUAGACGUGCAUGUGUUAAGUUAAUGUGAUCUUAUUAACCAGCAAUCAAUACUAUAUCUUAUUAACUCAGCGCGAAGCCAGCAGCUACCAUGGACAGUAUGUUUAUAUCCGGAAAAAGUAUAGUCUCCUAAACUGUUGGUAUGUAUGUAUAGAGCUGUCCCUAGUUAAAAAUGCAAAACUUGUAAAACUUAAAAUUGGCCAGGAAUGGGACAUAAUGGGCUUUUGUCUUCAGUUAGUUGGUCUUUUGAUGUUGUAGAAAUGUUUUAACAGUGGCAUGGAAAUGUGUACAGUAAUCCUGGUAAUUAAAUAUAUCGUGCGUAUGUUGUGUUCAAAUAAAACUCUUGUUUUCACAA